CGCGUCUUCUGCGUCGGCGAGAGCGAGUUUCCAAUCUGGACUCAUUUACUUAAAAUAGAAUCCUUUAGAUUAAGGAUUUUGGACAUUCAAAAAUAUCGAGAUUCCAUUGAUGACUUGAACAAAUGGGCCCUGUUUCUUGUUUCUCCUUUUAUACUCGAAGCAGAACACAUCGCAUUUGUGACUGAGAGCAUCUGGGUGCAAGGUGAGACUUUACAGAGACCAUCUUCCUCUUCAGAAAGUAUCGUGAAGUGGUCCGACUGUUGUUUGCCAUUAGCUUGCAGACCUGGGGAUCCUUACCAAUUAAUCGCUGAAGCAAGUGUGGACAACUUCAGCAAGCUGGGGGUGGCGUUCAUGGAAGAUAGACUCCAGAUGGCUGAUGGACUGGUACCCCAAAAGAUCGUUUCAGUGCACUUGCAGGACUCCACUCUGAAGGCACUUAAGGAUCAGGCCUCAAACAAGCAAGCUCAGAUCCUACAGCAGAAUCCUGAACCUUCCGUUGAGAGUAAGCCUGAGCCAGACGUUAUGGAGCACGUUGGUGGAGAUGACCUCAAGGUCCUUGGUGCACAACCCACAGAAGGGAAAGAUGGUACCUCUGGCCGCGAGCCUGCUGGGGAGGGUGACGUAGGAGUGGGCUCCAUCGAGCACUGUCACCUCCAUCUGUCUAGUUGCCAUGAGUGUUUGGAGCUUGAGAAUAGCACCAUUGAAUCUGUCAAGUUUGCAUCUGCGGAGAAAAUUCCAGAUCUCCCGUAUGAUCACAAUGGCACUUUGGAGGAUGUUGCUGAUGACAUCUGCCUGGACAGAGAAGGGAGGAAAGUCAACAUCACGGGGAGGGCACCCAAUAUCCUCUUCUACAUGGGUUCUGCCUCCCAGGAAUCCCUGGGCAGGUUCCAGGAGGUCCGGUCCGUUCUGGCUGACUGUGUGGACACUGAGAGCUAUACACUGUACCCCCUGUCAAGGGAAAGUGCUCUCAGAGACCCGUGGUCGGACAACUGUCUGUUGUUGGUCAUUGCCACCAGGGAGGCGAUUCCUGAAGAUCUUUCCCAGAAAUUCAUGGCCUACCUUUCUCAGGGGGGGAAAGUGUUGGGCCUGUGUUCGCCCUUCACGCUUUCUGGCUUUCAGGUGACGAGCAAGAGUGUGCUGCGGGAGACAGUCCAGAACUUGGUUUUCUCCAAGGCUGACCAGACCCACGUGAAGCUCAGUGUCCUGAGCAGUGGCUAUGUUUAUGAGGAGGGCCCUGGGGGACAGCUCAGCCUGGGCAAGCUCCAGGGUCACCUGGAGAAUGAGGACAAGGACAGGCUGAUAGUGCAAGUGCCUUUUGGACCACGUGGAGGAGAAGCUGUUCUUUGCCAGGCGCACUUAGAACUACCUCCCAGCUCUUCAGUGGUGCAAGCCCAGGAAGAUUUUAAUCUGCUCAAAUCAAGCAAUAUGAGAAGAUACGAAGUCCUUAGGGAGAUCCUGACAACGCUAGGCCUGAACUGUGACCUAAAACGAGCUCCUGCCUUAACGCCUCUGUACUUACUGCCUGCUGCCGAGGAAAUCUGGGAUCCUCUUAUGCAGUGGCUGGGGAAGCAUGUGGAUCCUGAAGGAGUAAUCAAGUCCAGCAAGCUCUCCCUUAAGUUUGUUUCAUCCUACACGUCCAACAUAGAAAUCACCCCAUCUGCUCUACCCGUGGUGACUGACAUGGAGUCCUUCUUAUCAGAGAAUUUUAACUUACAGAUCUACCGACAAAAUCUGCAGACAAAGCGACUUGGAAAAGUAAUUCUGUUUGCCGAAGUGACGCCCACCACGAUGAACCUUCUGGACGGGUUGAUGUUUGAGAUCCCGCAGGAAAUGGGGUUAAUAGCCAUCGCAGUCCGCCAAACACAGGGCAAAGGGCGGGGAUCGAAUGCUUGGCUGAGCCCCAUGGGAUGCGCCGUGUCCACCCUGCUCGUCUCCAUCCCGCUGAGGUCCCAGCUGGGACAGAGGAUCCCAUUUGUCCAGCAUCUGAUGUCCCUGGCCGUUGUGGAGGCGGUAAGGUCCAUUCCUGAGUACCAGGAUAUCAACUUACGAGUGAAGUGGCCCAACGAUAUUUAUUAUAGUGACUUCAUGAAGCUUGGUGGAGUUCUGGUUAACUCAACGCUUUUGGGAGAAACAUUUUAUAUACUUAUUGGCUGUGGAUUCAACGUGAGUAACAGUAACCCCACCAUAUGCAUCAAUGAUCUCGUCACAGAAUACAAUAAGCAACACAGGGCAGAGCUGAAGCCCUUCAGGACCGAUGAUCUCAUCGCCAGAACUGUGACCGUGCUGGAGAAACUGAUCGACACGUUUCAGGACAAAGGGCCCAAUGGCAUUCUUCCCCUUUAUUAUAAGUAUUGGGUACACAGUGGCCAGCGGGUCCGCCUGGGAGGCCUCGAGGGCCCGGAGGUGUGGAUAGUCGGCCUAGAUGACUCUGGGUUCCUUCAGGUUCAGCAGGAGGAUGGUGAGAUCGUGACGGUGCAUCCAGACGGCAACUCCUUCGACAUGCUAAGAAACCUCAUCAUCCCCAAACAGCAGUAG